UGACUGAUUUUCUUUAUGAAGUUACUGGUGACAGUUUGUAUUUGGGGCACAGUGCGGUGUACCUUCUAUAGGUUUACUUCGUGUACUGUGAUAAAGAGGAGUACAGAAGAUGGCUAUCCUCAUACAGACUUUGGAUAUUGGCAGGAAUUUAAUGGUUUCUGUAGAAAAUGUUUCCUGACUGCAAUGAGAGAAAGUGGAAUUCAUUGUCCCCUGUGUCGUGGAAGUGUGACUAGAAGAGAAAGAGCAUGUCCAGAACGGGCCUUAGAUCUUGAAAAUAUCAUGAGGAAGUUUUCUGGUAGCUGCAGAUGCUGUUCAAAAAAGAUUAAAUUCUAUCGCAUGAGACAUCAUUACAAAUCUUGUAAGAAGUAUCAGGAUGAAUAUGGUGUUUCUUCUGUCAUUCCAAACUUUAAGAUUUCUCAAGAUCCAGUAAGGAGCAGUAAUAGGAAUGAAACACCUUCAUCUGAUAACACAGAAACUUACCAAGAGAAUACAAGUUCUUCUGGGCAUCCCACCUUUAAGUGUCCCUUAUGUCAAGAGUCAAAUUUCACCAGACAGCGUUUAUUGGAUCACUGUAAUAGUAACCAUCUAUUUCAGAUAGUUCCUGUGACAUGUCCUAUUUGUGUGUCUCUUCCUUGGGGAGAUCCUAGCCAGAUUACUAGAAAUUUCGUUAGUCAUCUAAAUCAGAGACAUCAGUUUGAUUAUGGAGAAUUUGUGAAUCUUCAGCUAGAUGAGGAAGCCCAGUAUCAAACUGCUGUAGAAGAGUCUUUUCAAGUAAACAUCUGAUGUGUGUACACAUCUCUGCAUCCUUGUACCUACAAGUGCCAUCUUUAAGGGAAAGACAACAUGAAGUCACCAUUUCAGUAAUUUGCUGUGCAUAUUAAUAAAAAUAAUUCACUCUACUGUAUUAGGUUUUUAAUUGAAAAUAAAGGUGGGCUACCCUAACUCCAUUCUCUAGACAGCUACUUUAACAGCAUGGAAAAGGUUGUGUUUUAUUUGUGUGGUGAAAGGGAAUUCCUGUUGUCCUUUUCUUCCUUGAAUUACAUAUUCUGAAUGUUUCAUUAAGUUGUUUUUGAUAUUUGAUACAGUUUCUUCUAUUUACUUUAGUACAGAGAGGUAACAGUACUUUAUUACAAAGGUAACUAGCAAAUUCUGAAAGAUGUGAUUCCUAUAAAAAUAAUAAACCUGAGCCAUUUGUCAGAGCUGCAGAAUGGAAACUUGAAGUUCUAAAUGGAAUAAUCCAAAGGGAUUUUUUAAAGUAUAGAUUCUAGCUGAGGAAUUCAACAAUAAGAAAAUUGUAUUUAUGUAAUGUUUUGUAUUUUUGAAGACUAGUGAAAUUUCUAUAAUAAUUUUGACUUUGAAAGUGUAUUGUACAAAUGUUUCUUCUUUUGCUAUUAGAUCAACAUAGCAAGAGAAGAGAAAAGAGUUUUCUGUGGUUAGUUUGUUAUUCACUCUAGCUUGAAUAAUUUGUAAGCAUAAAUGAGUUGUAUGGCAGUUCUUUGUAGUUAGUAUUUCUCAUUAGCUGACUUCAGUCAGUGAUAUCACACUUAAAUUAGUUUUUUAAAAAUCCAAAGUUUGAAGAUAUAUGUGGAUAUAUGUACAUACACUUUAGCAUGUAUCUGUACACAUAUAUAUCUUUGCCUAGAGUUUGUCAGGCUAUGUAUAGAAUUUCUAUUAAGAGUUUUAAUAAUGGGCAAGCAAUAUAGGAUUGAAGUAUUUAUCUCAUUUGAUUAAAAUUUUGUAUGUUACCAAAUUUUUUAAACAGUAAGCCAAAUACUGAGUUGUACAGUUGGCUGUUAUUACACCUGAAACAUUUGUUAUAUGGUGCUCAUUAGUUAUAUUUGAAAAUAAUGCAUAGGUGAUGUAGUGAGAGAGACUUUACCAGCUACUGUUUGACUACACUUUAGUCAAAACUAAGUUUGUUCUUAGUCUUUGAUGUAAAGUAUUGUAGAGGAGGCCAGGUUACAGAGUAUAGGGUGAAGAGUGAAUUCCUGACAUUCCAUUGCUAACAUACACUGUUAUGCUUUCUUUAAAAUAACUAAACUCAAAAGAAAAUCUCUGAGGUAGUUUGCUGCUAAUAUAUACAUAUAUUGUAAAAAAAAAGGUAUAUUUUGAUUUUCUUAAUAUCCUCGUUGACUUUUCUACAAUAAACAUUUUUUAACUUGAUUUAAUAAAAAUGUUAAUUUUGAACAUGCAUUUUGUAAAAACCUUUUUCAGUUAAACAGUAAUAACUUUAUUUAUGUUUAGUAAUACAGUCACACACACACACAAAAGCCAUACAUCUUAAUGCCUUUUUUUUCUGUUGUUUCUUGAAUGUUUUCUAGCACUUUCAGUUGGCAUACAGGAAUUUUAGAAGCAUCUAUAUAAUGAACUCUUUAAAAGGAGACUUUUGUCCACAGUUCUUCCAGCUUAAAGCAAUAACUUUGAUACUUUUAUAAAGUUUAAUUUAGCCAUUGUGUCCGUAAACCAUCCUUGGAUGUACAAACUUCUUUAAACGGAAACUUAUACUAGAGGCCAUUUUGAAAUCCUGUUUUGAAAGUCUUGUGGAUGAGUUAAAUAUUAAUAACUUUUUCAUAAGAAUUACCCCCCACACACACACAUACUUCGGGGAACUCCUAACUAUGGAAAAAAUUUUUAACUUCUCUUUGUCAGUGAAUUAAGAACAGGAAAGAUAGGCUUUAUAAUUUAAUUCAUAGAAGGGAAAUCCCCUACUUUCUUUAGUCCGUAGCUCUUGGAUAAAGCUAAGAAGUUGUAGCAAUAUGCUGAGGCAUCAUUUUCACAGACCAAUUACGAAAGCUAUUUCUCCUUACAAUUUAGUUUAUGUUGUCAAAUAUGGUGUUAUCUGAGAUGUACUACUUUAUUUUUUUUUCAAUUAAAAAUGGUUUUCUCCUA